AUGGAGCGUUGUAUCAAGUUUGUAGGAUCUGGCUGUUUCACAAAUAUGUGGCUACGUCUGUUAUUUUUAACACAACCUCACGCUGAACCUAUAACAUAUGAAGUUCCACCGGAGUUGGGGUUCAUGCAUUACCCGCCAGUCAUGGUUCCCGCAAAGAAUUUCGCAACGCAUCUGACGGAGUUUCCAGAACUGACGAGACCACCCGGAUUUCCCCGCGUUGCGAAGCACAACACCGUCCACCACAUUUUGACCACAGACGGACCACCUGUCUGCAGUCGUCCCCGCCGGCUCGCACCUCAAAAGCUCAAGACCCUCAUGCAGAUGUGUGGCAGCAAACGCGUUCGCACCACAAGUUACCACCCGUGCGCGAACGGCCUCGUCGAACGCAUGCACAGGCAACUUAAAGCCGCUUUGAUGUGCCACGAGGAAACAUGGCACAAGUCGCUGCCUGUGGUCCUACUCGGCAUGCGCGCAGCUCUCAAACAGGACCUGCAAUGCUCACCGGCCCAGCUUGUUUACGGGGAACCCCUGCGCUUGCCCGAUGGCACGACUGAGGCCAACACCUGCCUCCCGCCAUGGUCAGCAGCCAGUCUUCGUUUCGAAGGACCUCUUGACUGUGAGGGAUAUGUAUGGUCACUUCUGUGUCCG